AUGUCUUCUUCGGAAUACACCGAUGUGGAUGCCCUAUCGGAGUCGGAGUCCUCGUCUACUGGAACUGAUGUGAAUGCGAGAGAAAGCUCGAAGGGCUCUCACGAGUCCUAUGAUGACUCAGAAUACUCUGAUGAGUAUUACUCCGUCUGCUACGACUCCAGCUCCAGCGAUGUGGAGCUGCCAGACUGGGAGGAUGCUCGCAAGCGGGCGCGGCGUGAUCCUUUCAAGUGCCAGAAGCUGAAUGCCAAGCAACGACAGUAUGUGUCUGGCUGGGCAAACUCCAUGUUGUGCCGUACCGGAAUGCUGCAAAGGGUGAAACGUUUUCUACAGUACGAUUUCCCCGUGAUGUCCGACUGUUCGGGCGCGGAGGGCGGCAUUCUAUCUUUGCAGGCCUUGGGAGUCAAGGUUGAGCAUAUCUCCAGCUCGGAGAUCAACUGUAUAGCUACUGAUUGGAUUGCUCGGUUCUCAGUGCUUCGGAGUGAGACUGACUUGCUCGACGAGCAGGCUGCGAAGCCGUUUUUCGCCAUCGUGAAGACCAUUGGCGAGCUUCGGGUUCCACUCUAUAUCUUGGAAAAUGUCAUGGGCAUCAAAAGAUGCCUCGGGGAAGUGACAGCUGAGCUAGGCAAGCUGAAAGAGUAUGUUCGUGGCAUGGUGCAAAUUGACAGCAAAGCCAUCGGCGACGUCGUGAGCAGACCACGACUGUACUUUAUCGGCAUCCACAGGAGCGUCGCAGCCCCUGGAAUCACUUCGAAUGAGAAGCUGCAGAAAGCCCUGGACCACAUCCUGGCAAAGGCUAAGAAGAACUGCACCCCACCAACGCCUUGGCAUGAGCUGCUACUGGAUGAUCCGGUCCAAGAGGCGCCAAUCAAGAGGCGGAGGCAGACCAACUUUGAUCUGCGGUAUGAGAAGCUCGGCCUUGCAUUUGGCAUUUGA